CUUCAGAGCGACCAUUAAAGGCGCGCCAGGCUCUCUUGUAUUGCAUCCUGUUUGUUUGCCAGCUGCGAACUGUUGGACUUUUGUGGAACUACAUUUCAUUAAACAGCGCUAUGGCCGACCAGCUGACAGAGGAGCAGAUUGCCGAGUUCAAAGAGGCAUUCUCACUCUUUGACAAAGAUGGAGAUGGCACCAUUACGACCAAAGAGUUGGGGACUGUCAUGCGCUCUCUUGGCCAGAACCCAACAGAGGCUGAGCUGCAGGACAUGAUCAAUGAAGUGGAUGCUGAUGGGAAUGGGACGAUAGACUUCCCAGAGUUCCUGACCAUGAUGGCAAGGAAGAUGAAGGACACAGACAGUGAGGAGGAAAUCAGAGAAGCAUUCCGUGUCUUUGAUAAGGAUGGGAAUGGAUACAUCAGUGCUGCUGAGUUGCGUCAUGUGAUGACAAACCUGGGAGAGAAGCUAACUGAUGAGGAGGUGGAUGAGAUGAUCAGAGAAGCAGACAUUGAUGGAGAUGGACAGGUGAACUAUGAAGAGUUUGUACAGAUGAUGACGGCAAAGUGAAAGCCCUGUACAGAUCCCCUCUCUCUCUCUAUCUCCUAUAAAUAAUUUGCCUUUUUUUUUUUUUUUUUUUUUUUUGUUUAAUUUAUCUGUAAAACGUUAAGUCCCCCCUCUUCCUCCCGGCUGUCCAAAGGAACUGCAUGUAAACUGCAUAGGAUCUAACUCCUCAUGUCCCUUUCUUUUGCUGUCAUCGUGUGUUUUGGAGUGACGGUGCGGUUACACGAUCAGGUGCUUGUUGCGGCGAUACGGGGCGGUGGCGCGCAAAACCCUGCACGUCACAUCAGUUUGCCCCCCACCCGAUGCGUAGCAAGAGCGGAGACCUGUCAGCUGGCUUGCCAUUCGGCGACAAUGUUGGCAGGGCAACAAUGUAGAGGAGUAACUCUGCAUGGACUAUGGACAAAGUAUAUAAUAUAUAUGAAAUUUAUCAGCAUUGCACUACUGCAAAAGAAAAAAAUAUAUAAAAAAAGACACGGGUGUAUCUUCUAGAUACUCGUACAUAAACUCUUUUUGUAUCUGCUGUUCUGUACCAGAGAACUUGUUUGAAUCUUAUGAUGCUUUUUAAUGGUUUAUUCACUUUCACUUUUGUUUUCUUUCUUCUUUUUUUUAAACAGCUUAACAUCAUUGUCAUGCCUCAAAUAAUCCAUUCCAAGUUGUAUAUUUUUGUUUUCCAAUAAAAUUUACAACCCAAAAUUGAAAGGUUUCCUUGUUUGUAGAGCAUCCUUAGGCCCUUGAGAACUCGAAGCUCUUCAGUAUGUUGGCCGUUAUGCAUCCCUGAGCUGAUUAUUAUUAUUAUUUUCAGGUGGUUUUAAUCCACUUACAUCAACCAGAAUGUUUACAAUUAUUGUAGUAGAAAUUGUUCAUUUGUAAAUCAUCAUACAAUGUAUCUCUGAGUCAACUGGUCAAAUUACUAUGUGUAAUCACAGGAUAGGAUGGGGGGUGUGUCCUCCUUGUCAAAGCAAAAUAAACGUUCAUUAAAGUACUCUUAAAAGACAA